GGUCCCGGUGGCCGGGCUGCCCGGGCACCACCCCUGGCCUCGGCCCCGCCCCGGCUCUGGGCAGCCCCGCCCGGCCCCGGCCAGUCGCCCGCCAUGUCGCUGCGUUUUUCCGCCAACCUUUCGUGGCUGUUCCCGGAGCUCCCGGCACUCCCGGCCCGGCUGGAGGCGGCGUCGGCCGCCGGGUUCCGGGCAGCAGAGGCGGCGUGGCCGGCGGGAUGCUCGGCCCAGGCUCUGCGGGCCGCGGCGGAGCGGGCAGGGGUGCAGAUCGUCCUCCUCAACAUGCCCCCCGGGGACCCGGAGGCGGGCGAGAUGGGGCUGGCCGCCGUGCCCGGGCGGCAGGCUGCCUUUCGGCAGGGCCUGGCCGCGGCGGUGCAGUACGCCAAGGAGGUGGGCUGCCCCAGGAUUCACUUGAUGGCUGGGCGGGUUCCCCUGGGUGCAAACCGAGCAGAAGUGGCAGGCAAGAUGGAAGCCACCUUCAUUGAGAAUCUCAGAUAUGCUGCUGACCUCCUGGCCCAGGAAGACAUGAUUGGACUGGUGGAGCCUAUUAACAACCGCAUCACAGACCCUCGCUACUACCUGAACACCCCACACCAAGCUGCUGCCAUCCUGGAGAAGGUGGGACGGCCCAACCUGAAGCUGCAGCUGGACCUCUUUCACUGCCAGAUCAUGGAUGGGAAUUUGUCACGCAACCUGGAAACGUACUUCCCGCUCAUUGGUCACAUCCAGAUUGCACAGGUGCCAGGGCGGCAUGAGCCUGACAGUCCUGGGGAGUUGAACUUCCCCUAUAUCUUCCAGCUCCUGGAGUCCCUUGGCUAUACUGGUUAUGUGGGGUGCGAGUAUGCUCCAAAAGGAGACACCCUGGAAGGUCUGGGCUGGCUGCGCUCAUACUGGGAGAGCCGAGGGCUGCAGCAUGAUGGGACCAGCAAGGCUACAGAGUAAAACAAGGGAACAACUGGAAUAAAAGUCAAAGCAAUGGCUUAACACAGGAGCAUGUCUGUCUUCUCUCCAACUACAGAGUGGUGGU